AUGGCGGAGGUGAUUAGCAGAACGAGUUUGUUCUUCGGAGCUUGUGGGAAUCACCACGUAGAUGAUUCCUCUGUUUCCCCUGUGAAUUUUGCUGGGUUUGCUUUGAAAAACAGUUUCUCAUCUCUCAAGCAGAAGCCUCUUAAAAGUGAAUUCCAUGGAAAACAGAUCCUUCUGAGAGAUGUUCAAGCCGAGAGCCUCAAAAGUAGCUUCCGAUCAUCAUCAAUCACAGCUCAGACAACGCUGAGGAUUGGGACAUCUCAAAAGUGGUGGGAGAAGGGUCUGCAAGAAAACAUGAGAGAGAUCUCUUCAGCGCAAGAACUCGUUGUCUCUCUCACCAACGCCGGCGAUAAGCUCGUCGUGGUUGAUUUCUUCUCCCCUGGCUGCGGCGGCUGCAAGGCUCUUCAUCCUAAGAUAUGUCAGCUGGCAGAGCAGAACCCUGAUGUUCAGUUUCUUCAGGUGAAUUACGAGGAGCACAAGUCCAUGUGUUACAGUCUCGGUGUCCAUGUCCUCCCGUUUUUCCGAUUCUACCGAGGCGCUCAUGGUCGUGUUUGCAGCUUUAGCUGUACCAAUGCUACGAUCAAGAAAUUCAGAGACGCAUUGGCGAAGCAUAGCCCAGAUAGGUGCAGCCUCGGUCCGACCAAAGGGCUUGAAGAGAAAGAGCUUGUGGCACUUGCAGCCAACAAAGAACUCAACUUUAGUUACACACCAAAGGCUGCACCAGUUGAGAAAGAAGCAGCCAUCCCCACUCCAAACCCAGGUCUCCCUGUUCCUCAUCCAUCGAUGACUGCCAGUGACGAAAAGACAUUGGUCUCCGCAGGGAGAUGA